GCAUUGCCUUGCCCCAGAGGGGUAAGUCGCCUCCAUACCAACUAUGUUGGGCGUUUUAAACAUGGUUCUUAGUCUUAAACUUUGAUUGAAUUUAUCCACCCCCACCCUCACCAUGGAAAAUAUAGUGCCAAGAGUGUGGUUUGCGCUUAUGCCAAGUGUUUUAGUUUGUUUGUUUGUUUUCUUAACCCCAAAUUCCACUUUUUAGCAUCUGUAGGAAGGUUAGCUUUGCUUCCAUGCUCAUGAAAUGUUAUCUUGAUGAUAUGUGAAGUGCCUCGUUGAUCUAUCAGGAGAGAUGCAAAACAUCAAAGUAACAAUGCUAUUGCUGAACGGGUGAGCCUGGGGUUGAUUCUUCCAUAUAUAUAAGAGUUCAACUUUUGAAGAUAAAUAUGCAGCCAGUUGUACAACCCAGAUCUUCCAAUGGAUAUGGCCGUCGUAAAAGUGAAAGAGAUAUUGCAACAAAGUUUGAUAGUAAGCUCCAGGCUGGGAAAACAAAUUCUAGCAGGUUCACCAACGCAGGUAAAGGAGGUGGACUUGAUUCACCUUCACGUGAUCGAAUGAUAUAUUUAACUACAUGCCUAAUUGGACAUCAAGUAGAAGUCCAGGUGUCGGAUGGAUCUGUAUUUUCUGGAAUAUUUCAUGCUACAAAUGCUGACAAGGAUUUUGGGAUUGUUCUGAAAAUGGCACACUUAAUAAAAGAUGGUUCUCAAGGGCAGAAGAAUAUUUUUGAUUCUGUUAAUAAAACAUGUUCAAGGACUUUGAUCAUAUCGACUAAGGAGCUGGUGCAAGUGAUAGCGAAGGGUGUGCCUGUAACUAGGGAUGGGUUAACAAAUGAGCUACAACAUGACGAGCAGCAGGAGCUUAUGACAGAUUCCUGCAUAUCACAGUCCCGGCACGUUGACCUGGGCAGAGAAUUGGAGCCCUGGGUCCCCGAUGCAGAUGAUCCUGGAUGUCCUGAAUUGGAGAAUAUAUUUGAUGGCCCUUGGAAUAGAGGCUGGGAUCAGUUUGAAGCAAAUGAAACCUUAUUUGGAGUGAAAAGCACCUUCAAUGAGGAAUUUUACACGACAAAGCUUGAGAAAGGCCCUCAGAUGAGAGACUUGGAAAGAGAAGCCAAAAGAAUAGCUAGAGAGAUUGAGGGUGAGGAUACCCAUGAUCUCCAUCUAGCAGAGGAAAGAGGUAUUCAGCUGACUGGAAAUCUGGAAAUUGACGAGGAAACCAGAUUCUCAUCAGUCUAUAGGGAAGUUGAUGACAGUGGGUAUGAUGAGAUUGAGGACAUAUUGUUGAAUUCUCGAAAUGAUGAAACAUUCGGAGAUGUCUCUGGUUCUGUCACCGGCAAACCUUUCACAGACUUGGACACUGGGAAAAUCAAUUGUGAAGCUCAAAUUUCUUCUAGACCUUUGAUGGACGAAGUACAAUCUUCUCAGACUAGUACUUGCAGGGAGUUUUGUCAUUCCAGUUUGGAGGAUAAUGCUCAUCUACUUUCAACUGAACUGCUUCCUAAAAAUACCUCAGCUAUUGACGCUAGCAGGCUUCAAGACGACCAGUCAACUGAACGGGUGGAUAGUAUUUGCAGCAAGGAGAAUAUAGAAAAGCCAAUGCUACCUGAUCAUACUGAAGUGUCAAAAGCAGAGGAUAUGAAGUCAUCAUUGAGAUAUAAGAAAGAAAGCUCUGAUAAGGGUGGAUUGUCUCCAAAUGCUACCGCAUAUGAUCCGCCGAAUCCUCCGUCCAAGGGUCAGGAAAAGGCAAGUUCUUCCAAUGAGUAUUCACAGGGUGCAGUGCCAUCCAAACCACAGGGGACAGUAACUUCUCAUGCCCGGCCCAGUAGUUCUGUAUCUUCAACUUCUGAUCGUGGAGGUGCCACAUCAACUGCUGGUCGUGGAUUAUCACCAAGUUCAUCUGUGGGAUCAUUGUCCUCAGAGAAGUCAACAUUGAAUCCAUAUGCUAAGGAAUUUAAAUUAAAUCCCAAUGCAAAGAGCUUCAUGCCAUCUCAGGCACCUUUAAGACCUGCUUCUCCUGUUGCUGCUGAUGGUUCCUUCUACUAUCAAGCUAACAUGGGUGCUGUAUCACAGAUGCACGGCAUGCCUGUUAGUAUUGGGAUUGGACCCUCAUUUUCUGCCCAACAGCCCAUUAUGUUCAAUCCACAGGCUACACAGAUGCCACAGCCAUAUUUUCAUCCAAAUGGACCUCAGUACGGGCAGCAGAUGAUAAUUGGUCAGCCUCGGCAAUUCUUGUACAUGCCAACAUAUCCCCCAGAAAUGCCGUACAAAGGAAGAGACUUUUAGACUGUUUGGCAAACUCUAUUUUCAGCAGUUCUGCCAUCAUUGAUAGGAAUUAAAUUUGUGACGGGGAACUGCUUGGAAACAAUUUCUAGAAGAGCCGAGCAGCUGAUAAAUAUCAAAGGGAUCUGGGAACUGUUUUGCACACAGAUACAAUUUGGCAAUGGUAACACACUCUUAUAAGCUGGUGCAUUGUCCUUGUUCCGCUUAAUGUUCUAACAUAGAAUACUAUUUUUAUUUCUCUCGUUUAUGGCGUCCUUUGUUUAAAGCAGUUUAAGAUUUGUGGAACUAUAGUGUUAAUCCACCAAAAAAGAAAAAAAAAAAAAAAGGAUUUUUGGAGUUAUGUGGUGAUUAAAGUUUUAUUUUGGAUUGUAAGUUAAAUAUCUCGAGGCACUUGUGACUUGUAGUCAAGUGGUGUUCAUUACAUUCAUGUGUUCAUUAUCUA